GCUGAACCGGAUUGUGUAUGAGUUUUCCGUACUUGCUAGAGAAGGGGUGGAGCGGUAGGUGACCCAGUGGGGCGGAAGGGGGCAACUGAGCGGAGAGGAAGCAGAAACCUCUCCUCUCCUGCGGGCUCGGUACCAGCAUAGUAGACCCUUGAAGUUCUUUUGCCAAGUCUCUGUUAAAAAUCUGCCUUGAGGUUAUUUAAAUCCACUGCUUUUAUCUCAGGCAGUUUUCUUCAGCUCUGUCAUCUCCCAAAGUUUAAGUGGAGGAUUCACUCUGCGUUUCACAGCUACGCUGAGUGUCACUAUUUAGCAAUUUUGAAACCAGAUCGUUCCCUUAAAAAAAAAAAAAAAAAAAAACCUUCACGGUAUUAUAACUUUUCAUAUUGCAAGUCUGUUCCUUGGUUUCAUUUUUUUAGAGCGUUAGAAGGCACUUUCCGUUAGUUCAUUCAAUCCUUCACAUAUUUAUUGAGCGCCUACCAUGUGGAAAAACGGAACAGCCCCUGCCUUCGUGGACCUAAACCUAGUGAGACAGACAGAUACAAAAUGGACACACAAUUGAAUGUGAAGUUAAUAGCAGUGAUCAGCUUUGAAAUUCAAAAACAAUGGAGAAGACGCAAGAAACAGUGCAAAGAAUUCUUCUAGAACCCUAUAAGUAUUUACUUCAGUUACCAGGUAAACAAGUGAGAACCAAACUUUCACAGGCAUUUAAUCAUUGGCUCAAAGUUCCAGAAGAUAAGCUGCAGAUUAUCAUUGAAGUGACAGAGAUGUUGCAUAAUGCCAGUUUGCUCAUCGACGAUAUCGAAGACAACUCAAAACUCCGACGUGGCUUUCCUGUGGCACACAGUAUCUAUGGGAUUCCGUCCGUCAUCAAUUCUGCCAAUUACGUGUAUUUUCUUGGCCUAGAGAAAGUCUUAACCCUUGAUCACCCCGAUGCGGUAAAGCUUUUUACCCACCAGCUUCUGGAACUCCACCAGGGACAAGGCCUAGAUAUCUAUUGGAGGGAUAAUUACACUUGUCCCACCGAAGAAGAAUAUAAGGCUAUGGUGCUACAAAAGACAGGUGGGCUGUUUGGAUUAGCAGUGGGUCUCAUGCAGUUGUUCUCUGAUUACAAAGAAGAUCUAAAGCCACUACUUAAUACACUCGGGCUCUUUUUCCAAAUUAGGGAUGAUUAUGCUAAUCUGCACUCCAAAGAAUAUAGUGAAAACAAAAGCUUUUGUGAAGAUCUAACAGAGGGAAAGUUCUCGUUCCCUACUAUUCAUGCCAUCUGGUCAAGGCCUGAAAGCACCCAGGUGCAGAGUAUCUUGCGCCAGAGAACCGAAAAUAUAGAUAUUAAAAAAUACUGUGUACAUUAUCUUGAGAAUGUAGGUUCUUUUGAAUACACUCGGAGUACUCUUAAAGAGCUUGAAUCUAAAGCCUAUAAACAAAUUGAUGCACGUGGUGGGAACCCUGAGCUUGUAGCUCUAAUAAAGCACUUAAGCAAAAUGUUCAAAGAAGAGAAUGAAUAAUACUAAGUCAUUCUUGAUUAGGCCUGGGAGCUUAUUUUAGUUGAUUUUUUUUUCUUUUUUUUUUUUUUUUUUUGUCUUUUAGCCUAUCACUUUUUUAAAAAUUAGGACCAAGCUGUUAGUCUCCUCAAACUGAGUGAAUUGGGGUGAUGUGAGUGAGAUUGUUUCAAUUUAGAACCCCUUUGUACAGAUAAUCAUAAUAGUACAAAGUUGAUGGAAUCAAAAGGAGCCACAUUUAAAUAGGUCUAAUAUGAAUGUCAGAAUGUGCUGUGUUGGGACCUUAUGGACAACUGCCACAAAUGUUCUGCUAAUUCUAUCAAUAAAGAAGACUUCAGCUUCCGGGAA